UAUCUUGAAAUGCAGGUGAUCAUUUAGAGUACUAUUUUGCAGAGAUAACUUGAUCAUCAAGGCAUUCUUUUUUAGUUCCUCUAGAUCAAGAUACCAUCAUGGAUCUUCAGAACCCUUUUUCUAAUAUAACCUUUAUGGCUUCCUUUCUCUUCCUCUUGGCAUUGUUCAAAAUAGUUACAAGAUGGAGUUGCAAAAAUUCCACUACCAAUUUGCCACCAGGACCAUGGACACUGCCCCUCAUAGGAAACAUACACCAAAUUAUCAGCAACUCAUUCCCUCAUCACUGUUUAAAAAAAUUGGCAGAGAAAUAUGGACCUUUGAUGUACCUAAAACUUGGUGAGGUACCAUACAUAGUAGUUAGUUCACCAUCAAUGGCCAAAGAGAUUAUGAAAACACAUGACCUUAGCUUUUGUGAUAGGCCAAACCUUCUUUUGUCCACAAUAUUUAGUUACAAUGCUACUGAUAUUAUAUUCUCUAUAUAUGGAGAACAUUGGAGGCAACUACGAAAGAUAUGUGUUAUAGAGCUAUUAAGCGUAAAGCGUGUCCAAUCAUUUAGGUCCAUAAGAGAAGAAGAGGUGUCAGAUCUUGUCAAAUCAAUAUCUGCAAGUGAAGGAUCAGUUGUUAAUCUCACUCAUAAGAUUUUCGCAAUGACAUAUGGGAUAACAGCGCGUGCGGCUUUUGGUAAAAAGAGCAAACACCAACAAGCGUUCAAAUCAGCGUUACAGGAAAUAGUAUUUUUGUUGGGAGGAAAUUGUAUUGUUGAUUUGUAUCCUUCUAUUAAAAUGCUUCAAAGGGUGAGUUGGGCGAAGAUCAAAAUGGAAAAACUUCACAAAGAGAUUGAUAUGAUUUUGCAAGACAUCAUCGACGAUCACAAAAGAGUUCAAAAUGAAGAAACCAAGGAUGAAGAUAUAGUAGAUGCUCUUCUCAAGAUUCAACAGGAAAAUGAUCACUCACAACAUCCCUUGACUGAUGACAGUAUGAAAUCAAUCAUCCAGGACAUGUUUGCUGCCGGUACUGAAACAUCGUCAGGGGUUGUGUUAUGGGUGAUGUCUGAGAUAGUAAAGAAUCCAAAGGUAAUGGAAGAAGCACAAGCUGAAGUAAGAAGAGUAUUUGAUAAAAAGGGGUAUGCGGACGAGACAGAGAUGCACCAAUUGAUUUAUUUAAAGUCUGUCAUCAAAGAAACAUUUAGGUUGCAUCCUAUUAUACCAUUGUUAGUUCCAAGAGAAAGUAGGGAGAGGUGUCAAAUCGAUGGCUAUGAGAUCCCGGCUAAGACAAGGGUUAUUGUCAAUGCUUGGGCCAUUGGAAGAGAUCCGAAAUAUUGGAUUGAACCUGAGAGUUUUAAACCUGAGAGGUUUGUCGAUAGCCUAAUUGAUUUCAAAGGCACGGACUUUGAAUUCAUACCAUUUGGUGCCGGAAGAAGAAUGUGUCCGGGCCUAGCAUUUGCCUUACCCAAUAUUGAGUUGCCACUUGCUAUGUUACUUUACCAUUUUGAUUGGAAACUGCCCAACGAAAUGAAGAAUGAAGAACUAAAUAUGACCGAGUACACAAAGUAUUUAAUUUCAUGUUUGAAUAAAUUCUAACUAUGAUUCUAAACA